AUGGAUUUAGAGGUUAAAGGAGUUGCUGCUUCUCCUACAAGCCAAACUCAGCCAUUCUCCAGAAGAAAGAAGCCACUACAACAAGGAUGGACUUCUGGAUCAUGGGCAAUCCAGAAUUCUUGCCCACCUGUGGUCCCACCACUUGACUUGGGAAGCCUUGUUGAUUCUGAUGAUGAGGAGCAGGGCAUAAUACCUGAAAAUUUGCCAGCACCAACAAGCAAAUAUAAACUAAAAUAUCAGCAGUAUAAAACUGAAAUGAAAGAGGGGUAUAAACAGUAUAGUCAGAGAAAUGCAGAAAAGACAAAAUCAAAUAUCAUACAUCAACAGUCUCUGAGAAACAAGAUAGAUGAAAAGUGUGUGCAAGGUGAAGAAGCCAGAAUGAAUGACCUUACAACUCUGGAUAGGAAAGCCCUCUUACAGCAAGGUUAUGCAGACAACCCUUACACUACACAACAGAGUGCAAGAAAAUCAGAUGCAGAAAUUGUGGCUGCAGAGAAGAAGAAACAGACUGUUGCAGAGCAAGUGAUGACAGACCAGUUAUCUAGGGCUGUAAUCAGUGAUCCAGAACAAAAUUCAACCACUGAGAAACAAGAAAGUGCUCAUAUCCUCCCAGAUUCAAAGUUAGCACCACUUCGAUUUAGGAAAAGAACACUACAUGAAACAAAGAUAAGAACCCAUUCUACAUUAACUGAAAAUGUGCUUUCUCAUAAAGUGCAGUUUGAUGGUAGGAUCAUAUCAAGAACAAAUGUGCUUCCUUUUAUUCAAAAAAGCACGUACAGUCAUCAGUGUGGACGAAGAAAAGGAAAACAAUACCAACUUGGUGAUUUUUAUAUUGGUGCAACUUUGACAUUUUUGAGUUCUCAUCAUCCCAGCCUUCCAGAAAGCAUAAAACAAAACUCAUUACUUAUACUUCGAAUCACAAAUAUUGAUCAAAUAGCUUUGGAUUCUCUCAAAACUGCUUCCGUGGAACAUGAGGAUGAUAUAAGCAGUCAAGAAGCCAGUGACAGGCUGGUCUUCAAGGCCAUUCAAGAUGUGCUGAAAGAACAACUACAUGAAAGAGGUGUUCGUAUUUUGACUGGAUUGGGAAAAUACUUUCAACAAUUGGACAAAGAAGGAAAUGGACUUUUAUAUAAGACAGAUUUUAAGCAAGCUCUAGAAAUAUUUCACUUAGAAGUGCCUGAAAAGGAUUUUGAGUCUGCGUGGCUAAUUCUGAUUGGCAAUGGUAAUGGCAAUGGUAAGGUUGAUUAUGGGGAAUUCAAACGUGCCAUUAUUGGUGAAAUGAACGAAUACAGGAAAUCAUUUGUUCGAAAGGCCUUUAUGAAACUGGAUUUCAACAAAACUGGCAUUGUGCCAAUUACAGACAUAAGAAAAUGCUAUUGUGCAAAGAAACAUCCUCAAGUAAUUUCAGGCCAGUCCACAGAGGAAGAAAUCAAAUCUUCUUUUCUAGAAACAUUAAAAGAUGCCUGCAGCAAGUCUGACGAAGUUUCAUAUGGUGAAUUUGAAGAUUAUUAUGAAGGUCUAAGUAUAGGGAUAGUAGAUGACAAAGAUUUUAUUAACAUCUUAUGCAUUCCAUGGGGGAUUUAG